CCGGAGCUGCACGCGCUCCCGUAACUCCAGGUCCUCAGCUUUUUAUCAGGGACCUGCACAGCCGUACAUUUGUAGUGAGCGUAAUCUUACCAGUAAUCAUAGCCAUGACUACAGGUCUGAGCCAGCAGUACAUCAUGGCAUGUGCAGAAUUACACCUACCAGUUAACCAUUUCAUUGAAGAAGUGUUGAGACAAGCUGUGCAGCCAGAGCAGUAUAUAUCUGCACUGAAGAUCUGUGGAAAUAAUCGACUAGUGGCUGUUAAACGUGUUACAGAUGAAGAUUUUCUUGCUAUUUCCCGUGUAUUGAAGCAAAAUAGUUACAUAACAAAUCUUGAUCUUAGAUUCAACAAUUUGACCAAUAAUGGUGCCGUGAACAUCACCAGAUUUCUUCAGGACAGUUGCUCGAUUUUUCAUUUAAAUCUUAUGGGGAAUGACAUUGAAACAGAUGGUGCAGAAGAAAUUGCUAAAGCAUUGCAUAGAAAUGACACUCUUAGAAGCCUAAGAAUGACGGGCAACAAAAUUGGGAACAAGGGAGGAAUGUUCUUCGCUGCAAUGCUGCAGAUAAAUUCAACUCUUGAAGAACUGGACCUUGGUGACUGCAACUUGGGUAUACAAUGCUUGAUAGCAUUUGCCUCAGUCCUGAAGCAAAACAAUUCGAUAAGAUCAAUAAAUUUAAACCGCCCUUUAUUCUAUGUUUUACAGGAGGAUACCAGCAUUCACUUAGCUCUGAUGUUAAAGGUGAACAAUACUCUGCAGGAGAUCCAUCUCUCAAAACACGACAUGACCGAUUCUGGAGUUGAGCGUCUUUGUGAAGCCUUACAUGAAAACCAAACUCUAAAAUAUCUUGAUCUGAGCUGCAAUAAAAUAACCCGUGAUGGUGUCAAGUGCUUAGCAGAACUACUGAAGAAGAAUACAACACUGGAGAUCUUAGACCUGACAUCAAACAGAAUGGAAGAUGAAGGUGCAAUCUACCUCACCAAAGCCAUUCAAUCAUAUAAUAGCCGUCUCAAAGCGUUAGCAAUUGUAAGUAACAAUAUCACUGGACAAGGUCUCAAGGCCCUGGCAGCUGCAAUUAAACUAAACCAAGGACUGCAAUACAUCUACAUUUGGGGGAAUAUACUGGAUGAAGAGGCCUCUACGGCAUUUUCAGAGCUUCUCUUGAGUGGUCGCCUGAAUACCUCCUCAACAGAUGUACGGCCGUAUAUGGUUGAUGGUCGCGUCUACCUUGCGGAACUCUUUCAUGGUCUCAGGAAGCAUUAUUACUGGACUCCAAGUUAUGGCGUGGCAGAUGAUCCUGUAUGCAACUCCAGUCUCACGAUAAUAAAUGAUCAAACACCUUGAACGCCAAAAUGAAGACAACUUACUUUGCCAAGGAUAUUCAAUUUAUACAACCAUGAGAAAACUGGAAUAAAAUGCUUGGUAAUGUGUGUUCACUAUCCAUAUGGGAAUACAGAAAUAUUACAUUUCUAGGUCAUUUCGUGUAGUAAAAAUGUACGGUAUAUAUGCUCAAA